AAAUGCAGCGGCCUGCUAAGAAGGCUUUUUCUCUAGGAUUAUAGUUGGUUCAAGAAAAGAUGUUUUAAAUUGCCUGAAGACACGUACAGUAUACUAGAGCCCAACCAGUACAUUGGCAUUUGCUGAUGUUGUGCCGAUUUUUUUAUUUUAUUUUUAUUUAUUUUUUUGUUGCUACAAAUACAUUGAAAUUUGUUAAAAAAGUUGGUUAAUGAAUAACAAGAAAUUGCUGUACAGAAAUGCCUCAUAAGUUUGAGGUAAUUUAGAAAACAUGACAUGGUUUGUCCACUAGAGAGAGCACGGACAGGUUUAUUUUUCAACUGGAAUUGAUUAAUUGCCGUGCUGCCGUGUAUUCUAGCAGUCCUUGUUUUUAUCUUUUUAGAUUCUUUUCAGUUUACAAACUUCUUGCAGUGCAGAAUUAGCCUUUUUAUUUUUCUUCAUACUGGUGGGUGCUUUUGAUGAAAAGGCACAUGCUGGCCCAUUCAGGUCAACAAAUGAUGUUCCCCACUGCCAAAAAAAAAACCACGCAGCUUUGGUUAAAGCGGUCAUUGGGCUGCUUCUACAGGUCCAACAUGGUCAGAAUAAUGAUCGCACUGAGGGAAGGAAAGGCUAUUUUAGUGAACUUGUACAACUUAAAAUGCUACUGCACACCUGCGAGGAAAGUACUUGAACCCCAUGUAAGGUCAGUGAAGGCUUUAAAGUUGACGACCAAGGUCAUCUCCGAAAUGACUCUUGUAUUCGUUCCUUCUGAAAGGUAAACUGCAUUUGGUUAGCGUAUACUCAUUGGGAUGUCGGUGCUCUCCCAGGUUGAUAGUGGCGAGUUCAUCCACUGCAAAGAGAUGGUGGACGAGUACCUACACAGCCUGGAGUUUUCCCUGCCGGCAAACGCCGUCUACAUCUUUGACAGCGCCCAGGUCCCGGACGAGGAGCGAGCCUGGAGCCCCACGCAGCGCCUCAGGAGGGGGCCGGCCGUUGGAGAGCAGGGGGACUCUGAUGAGUACUACGACGGUUUCCGGCGUUUGUACGACGAGGAGACGACUCCGGGGGCGCAGGCAAACGAAGUCGAGGGUUUGUUUGAUUCCCAGCAGGGAAACGUCUGGCCCUGCCCGCCACUGCACCCCGCCGUCAACUAGUCGGCCAUUUAUUCACACCGCCCACCUCUUACUAGUGCACAGACAGUCCUCCCAUUUCACAGUGAGAACAUUACAAAGUCUAAUAUACUGUAGUUCAGCACAUUUAAGGACCUCACUUGUUAGUUCAGUGGGGCUCUGAAGUAACUCCAGAUGUUACUCUGCUGCCACAUUUAAAGAAAAAAAUGAUUUAGAAGAUAUUGUUUUAGUGGUUUCAUGUACUUCUCCACACCCAAAUGUGAAUCUCUAGGUGUGUAUGGAUUUUAUUUUUAUUUAUAUAUAUAUAUAUAUAUAUAUAUAUAUAUAUAAAUAUAAAAACCUACUUGUCCUUUUUAAUAUCAACCACAAAUGGUUGGAAGUUAAAGGAUAAGAAUAGGCAGUUGUGUGUGUGUUUUUCUUUGUGUGGUUGAAGCCAAGAAUUAUUUUCUUUUCUGUAAGUUUGAGAGUUGAUCCUGAUUUUGUUAGUUGUGAGUUAUCUUGGUGCUCAGGUUCCCCCAGAGCAACAAUCGCACUUUGAGAUAAAGAAAAGCUUCUUUUUUUUUAUGCAAAAUAUAUUUUUUCACAACCCUUUUUUUUAAUUAUUUUAAUCUUACUUGUACUAAUUUCUGUGCUGUUUUAUUUAGCAGUUAUUUACAAAAGCGACCUUUUUUCCAAAAAAGCUUUAAUUUCCUGACUAAAUGCUGCAAAUACUUUUAUUUCAUUAAUGCUUCAGUCAGUGUUGAUUUUGUUUAUGCAACUAUUGUUACAUAUCAAACAAAACAAGAGCACCUUUGGGAGAUUAGUUCAACACUAGAGCAGAACGGCCAAUAAUGGUUGUUUUGACAUGAGAUUACCUGAUUAAUGACCCAGCAUUAAUGUUCUCAUUUAAAAAUUGUAUGAUUAUAUAUUGUUCUGUAUGGGAGCACCAAUAAUCAUACCCCAAAUAAUGUCACAUUGUGAUUGAAGUAUUGGGAUAACUGUAUCCUGUUUUUUAUUUUGUAAAUACCACCUAGUUCUGUUUCAUCCUCAUACCGAUAUGGUGACAAAAUAUUAUGUUUUCAAUUUAAACUGUAUUUAAUGUUGGCAGAUAGAGAACUUGCAGUGUGUCCAGAGGGACUUUACCUCCACUGCCAAGCUUUCGAAGCCUUUAGACACUGAACGGACUCUAGGCUGCUGAAAAUGCUUACUGUGUCCAGAACGUGAUCUUUAAUGUGAACCGGUUACUGUCUGUUUUCUCAACUGUAAAGUCUGCUUUGAUUCAUCUAGUCAAGCUGGACUCGACACCAGCAGUCACCAAUGUAAAGGUGUUUUUUUUUUUUCCUCUUCAUAUUCGUUCCAUUUACUGAGGCAGCUAUAUCUUAUUAUCUGGUCAACCACAGAAAUAAAGCUAUGACUUCAAAAGUC